UCUGUGUCUCUGGGAAGCAUAAAAUUCAUGAAAUAACUACUGUGGUCCCGGAAAAUUAAGUUUGUUUUGCUGGGUUUGGAAUGCUUUAACUGGAGAGAUGCCUUCUUAAAAUCCGUUAGUGAAUUGCUCUUUCUUAUUUCCCAGUUUAGAAAAGGGGAGGUAAAGAGGUCAGUUAGAGUGGGUAGUAGAAGGUGGGUACAGUGGUGUGCACCUGUAGUCUCAGCAAUGGAAUCCUGAGGGUGGGGGAUACCUUAAGCUUAGGCAUUUAAGGCUUGACUAGGCAACACGAUGAGAUCCUGUCUCUUAAAAAAAUCUAUCUAUCUAUAUAUAUGUAGUAAGUGAAUAGUUAAUACAACUUAGGUUUUUGUUCAUCUUUGUCUAAAGAUAUUUAUCUUCCUCCCUAACUCCUCACUGUGGGAAUCAAAUUCCAUGGUUGUGCAAUUCAAAGAAUGGGGGUGAUGAUGCCUGUCAGAGCUGGUGUUCCUUCAAAACUCACUUGCUGUUUGCCAGCCGAGUCCUCCAUGUCAAGGCCGUUUAAACUGCUUUUUCACCUUCAGGAAUGCAUUCUGAGGAGCCAAACUGUACUAGAUAUGCACAGCACCUACAUAUGUGUACCAAAGAACUGGAUCCGGUCUGUGGAACGGAUGGCCGCACUUACAACAAUAGAUGCAUUUUCUGCAGUGAAAAGUUGUAAGAACACAAGAUUAAAUAUUAAAUCCCCCCAAAUAAUGGUAGGACUGUCAAAAAUGAUCAAAUUUUAUGACAAUCUAGAUAUAACAUACAUAGAGGAACUAUCUAUAAAAUUACAAGAACACAUGUGUAUCUUUCUUUAAAGUUCUUAUUGCAAAAGUAAGUUUGUAUUUGACCCUUCAGAUUAACUCUACUAUAUAAUCUUUGAAUUAUAAAUCAGUUAAUGUAACAUAACUUAGUUAUUACGAAUUACUUGUGGAAGCUUCUGAUCAUUGUAAUUCCGGAGUCCAGAUGCCAAAGGAUAACCUCUGUGAGGGAGCAGCAAGGUAUAGGGAGCAAAGCUGAGUGAGAAACCUCACGACAGAGCUCUAAACUCCAUCACAGUGUGUCUACCAACUGUGGAGGAUUCUCUAGUAAUCCACUUUGUCUCCCAAACUCAGUGAUAGCCCAGCCUCCAGGCUCUCUUUUCAGUGCAGGGAAGUCGAGGACCUUCCUUUCCUGUGUCUGCACUCUGAAAGAGUUUGCAGUACACUUAUUCAUCAAGACUUCCCCUCUCCCUCAACACUGUUUUUCACAGUGUGGCCUGCUAUGAACUUUUUGUGCAUUUAAUCCCCAAAUCCAGAAGGAGAACCAUUAAGACAAUGUCUGAUUCUCUUUUUGGAGCAGUUCCCACAGCUGAGUCAGAGCUGGUAGAUCCCAAGACUGAGUUAGCAUGUAUAGGGUACGUACUCUAGGAAGGAUCCAGCAGUGACAAAAGAAACUUCUGCAAGCCUAGGAGCAGAUAGGGUCCGCUGCUUGUAGAAAGGGAGCAGAGAUUCUACAAGCCAGACCGACGCCUGUACCCGUGGGGACACGCACAUGUCCUCUUCAUUAAUAAGUAUUUUAUGCAGUGUUAGGAAUUUAACAUAAUUGUCUUUCAAUAAUUUGUGUUUUCCCCUUCUGUAUUCUUUAUUUACAGAGAAAGUAAAGGAAAAUUUAAAUUUUCUCAUUAUGGUCGCUGCUGAAUUUUGCUGAGAUAUAUAUUCUAGUGGCUUUUAUUGUAAUUAUAUCUUGCUGUGGAUCUAACAAUCAACUGGAAUCUUCUUAAUCAGGGCAUUAAAUUACAAGAUAAUCAGGGAAGCUUUCUAUGGAAUAUAAGAUUGAAUAUAUGAUGUUAAGAGAUUUUUCCCCUGAAAAACAUGUGACUAAAAGAUGUUUAUUCGCUUGUUGAAAUUUUAAACGAUAUUUUGGAAUAUUACUUUAUUGAUUGUGUGUUUGACAAUAUAAAACCUAGUAUCAUUUACAAUCAUAAAUAUUUCACUCAAUGAAAUGUUAAAUAUUUUUUCUUUUCUUUUUCUUUUUUUUUUUUUGAAGUACCA